AUGGCUAAAAUAAUUGAGGAAAAGCUUAAGCGACGUUACAAGUUGGCUGAAGAUAGUUUCCAAUAUAAUCUUUUGGUGAAUGAAUUGUUCUAUCUACGGGAAUUUGUUUCGUUGAUUGAAUUUGAUCCAGCUCAUCGUAAUGAUAGCGAAAAUUUUGAUAGAUUUUUAAAAGAUAAUAAACUAAGUUUAGAUGAUUUAGAUGAGGUUGGUGAAUUGAGCAAGGACACUGCAAAUGAUAAGACUGAUUCUAUUCCAGCUGUACGAAAGAAGAGGAAUUUAAGAGGAACGACUACUUCUUCUUCUAAUGGCACUAAUGUUCGUCCUAGUGAUGGCAUAGAAAAGAGUUGGUUGAAUGAUAUUAAUCAGAUUGUUGAUGAAAAAUAUGAUGAAUUGAUAAAUAUAAUUGGUGGUGGUGCUACUGGUGCAAGUGAGGGAAGUCCCAAGGAAAAAAUUCAUAAUCUGACAAAAAAAAAUAUAGAUCAUAAGAAGAAAAAUGGGCCUUCUUCUUCCUCCUCCAAAACAGCAGCAGCAGCAACAGCAACAGCAACAUCAACAACAAAACAGCAAACUGUGAAAAAUGAAACUAUUAAACAAGAGACUGUGGACGUAGUACCUAGUAAAUCAAAGAAUAGAUCAAAGAAAAUUACAAAUAACGUCAAGAUUGAAGAUGAGGUUGAUGAUACUAUUGAGACCGUACCUCCAUUAAAAUUGAUUAAAAAUAGUUCAAAAAGAAAAAAUGGCGGGAAAGCUAGUAUUACAUCGGAAAAUACUGAUAAUGACGUGAAAAACAUUUAUCACGACUACACUCAUAAUGAUAAUAUUAACAAUAACGACGAAGAUGAUGACAAUGACUAUGGCAAUAACGACGAUGAUUAUGAUUUUUAUUUCACUUCAUCUUCGGAUGAAGAUACAAAAAGACCUUUGACAAAAAGACAACGGUUAGCUCCAAAUAGACCACAUAUUAAUUUGAUUGUACAUCCACCAAAUCAAACAAUAACUAAUCCAGGGCAUGUGAUAAAGCAAAAAUAUAAUAAUCUAAGUGAAUAUUUAGAUUCUUUCAAAUCUAUGGAUGAAGACAUCACAAUAGAAGAGUAUAAUAAAUACAUUGAUGAACAGAGGGAAGUAGUAGGCCAGAUUAGAAAGGGUUUAGAAAGCGGUGCUUUAAAAUACGAUCCAGUAACAGACUCUCUCCAACCCAUUACAGAAAAAGAUACAAGAUUGAUCCAGUCAUACAGACCUCCUCCAAUUUCAUAUAUGUAUAAAGAACAAAAUUUACAAACUCAUCAGGACCAUUUGAUCAAUCAAGGUAUUUAUAUGAGUAAACUAUUACAAAGCAACAAAAAAGCAAGAAUUUCGAGAGCACGUAAAGUGUCACAAAUGAUAGAACAACAUUUUAGACAUAUCGCCGGUGCAGAAGAAAGAAAAUUAAAAGAGGAAGAGAAACAAAGGAAAGCAUUGGCAAGAACUGCUAUGCAAGCUGUUAAAAGAAGAUGGACAUUGGCAGAAAAAGCAUUUAGAGUUCUGAAAAAGGAUGAGGAAGAAGAGCUGAGGAGAAUUCAAGGUAAAAAGCAUCUUUCUAAAGUUUUAGAACAAAGUUCGCAACUUUUGGGAGCCCAAUUAAAUCAACAACAAGACGAUUCGGAAGUAAGUUCGAUAGAUAACUCUAAAAAUGAAUCUGAUUUAAGCUCUUCGGAGAGUAAUAAUGAUGAUUUCUUAACUUCAUCGGAUGAAGAAAUUGAACAAGAGUUAGAAACUAGUAUUUCUGAAAAGUCAAAUACAGUUGAUGAAGCACUGACCACAGAAGAAUUAAAGUUAAAAUACAGAGAAUUGGAAAAUGUGAAAUCAAUCGUCAAUACUUCAGAAGGUAAUGAUAUAACAACACAAAAUGAAAGUGAAAGUGAUUCGGUAACAACAGAAGAAAGUUCAGAAAAUGAUGAAUUGGAAGAAGAUGAAGUUUCAGUAUCUGAAAGCAAAAAUAUUGGGUUAGGUUCUUUAUUUGAAAAUACUGCAUCGGGAGAAGAAUCAGAAUCGGAUGAAAGUGUUGAUUUUAAGAUGGGUGAGUCAGAUGCAGAUGAUAUGAAUAUCUCUGAAUCAGAAGAUGAAACCAUGGAGAAAUCACCAACUCCAGCCAGUGAAAAAUCUGAAUUCAAGCUAGGAGAAACUGAUCCUGUUUCUGUUGUUGAAGUACCAACUCCGCCAUUACUAAGAGGAACAUUAAGAAUUUAUCAAAAGCAAGGUUUAAACUGGUUGGCAUCAUUGUAUAAUAAUAAAACUAAUGGUAUUUUAGCAGAUGAAAUGGGUUUAGGAAAAACCAUUCAAACAAUAUCACUUCUAACUUAUCUCGCUUGUGAAAAACAAAAUUGGGGUCCUCAUUUAAUUGUUGUCCCGACAUCAGUUUUAUUGAAUUGGGAAAUGGAAUUCAAGAAGUUUGCACCAGGUUUCAAGGUUUUGACUUAUUACGGUUCCCCUCAACAACGUAAAGAAAAAAGAAAAGGUUGGAAUAAACCAGAUGCAUUUCACGUAUGCAUCGUCUCAUAUCAAUUGGUAGUCCAAGAUCAACAUUCUUUUAAAAGGAAAAAGUGGCAAUAUAUGAUUUUAGAUGAAGCUCAUAAUAUUAAAAACUUCAGAUCUACUAGAUGGCAAGCAUUGUUGAAUUUUAAUACCCAAAGGAGAUUAUUAUUGACAGGUACUCCUUUACAGAAUAAUAUUGCUGAGUUAUGGUCUUUGCUUUACUUUUUAAUGCCUAAAACCAUCACAAAUGGAAGUGGUAUAUCUGGUUUUGCUGACUUGGAUGCAUUCCAACAAUGGUUUGGUAGACCUGUAGAUAAAAUUAUUGAAACGGGUGAAAAUUUCGAACAAGAUUUAGAAACCAAAGAAACGGUUAAUAAGCUUCAUCAAGUUUUGAGGCCGUAUCUGUUGAGAAGAUUAAAAGCAGAUGUUGAGAAGCAGAUGCCAGCAAAAUAUGAACAUAUCGUAUCUUGUAGAUUGUCUAAAAGGCAAAGGUUUUUAUAUGAUGAUUUCAUGGCUAGAGCUCAAACAAAAGCCACUUUGGCAAGCGGAAAUUUCAUGUCUAUUGUCAAUUGUUUGAUGCAAUUAAGAAAAGUGUGUAAUCAUCCUGAUUUGUUUGAAGUUCGACCUGUUUUAAGUUCAUUUUGUAUUGGUCACUCAGUAGCUUUUGACUAUACUGAUAAAAAUAGAGUUGUUGAAAAUUUAUUAUCCUAUAAGGGGUAUAAAAAUAAUGUAAAUCUGAAUACAUUGAACAUGGUGUUUACAAAUAAUGAAAGGUUAAUGACAUCAUUCCAUUCAAGAGACAUAAGUAAAUUAAAAUGUAUCGAAGAAUUCACAUAUGAAUUGGAAAGGUUAAGAAAUGAAAGAAGAGCAGAUAUUGACGAAAGUAAGUUAGCCGUGGAUAUUAAUGUUGCCUCUGAAUUUUUUAAGCAGUUGGGAACACAAAAGUUUGAUGAAACAAUAAGCUCUUUGGAAAUGAAAAAGGAUAUCAAUAUAUUAAGAUGUGAUAAAAAGCCAGUGUAUGGUAGCAAUCUGAUUAAAUUAUUGGACAUAACUGAUUCAGAUAAAACUCAUUUAGAUUCUGUUUCCCCUCUAAUUGAACCACUACAGACAAAAAUCCUAAAUAAUAAGAAAAUUAUUGAGACUUUUGCCGUGAUUACACCUCCUGUAGUUACAUUAGAUAUGAGAAAGAUGGCUUUAGGGUUAAACGGUACAAGUUCUUUACCUGGAAAUUCAAAAGAUUCAUUGGCACUAAGUUUGAGAAAUAUGGAAAACCCACUUCAUUUAUUACAAACAAAGUUAACAAUUGCAUUUCCAGAUAAAUCAUUACUACAAUAUGAUUGUGGUAAAUUACAGAAGUUAGCUAUUCUAUUACAACAGCUAAAAGACAAUGGGCAUAGAGCACUAAUUUUCACACAAAUGACUAAAGUAUUAGAUAUUCUGGAGCAAUUUUUGAAUUACCAUGGCUAUUUAUAUAUGAGAUUAGAUGGUGCUACAAAGAUUGAAGACCGUCAAAUUCUCACUGAAAGGUUUAAUAAUGAUCCCCGUGUUACAGUGUUUAUUCUUUCAAGUAGAUCCGGUGGUCUUGGUAUUAACUUGACAGGUGCUGAUACGGUUAUAUUUUAUGAUUCUGAUUGGAAUCCAGCCAUGGAUAAACAAUGUCAAGAUCGUUGUCACAGAAUUGGUCAAACAAGAGAUGUUCAUAUCUAUCGAUUUGUCAGUGAGCAUACUAUUGAAAGUAAUAUUUUGAAGAAAGCUAAUCAAAAGAGACAAUUGGAUAACGUUAUUAUCCAAAAGGGACAAUUUACCACAGAUUAUUUCUCUAAAUUGUCCGUUAGAGAUUUACUGGGAGCAGAUGCUACAGAAAAUAUUGUCAAUGAUGACAAGCCAUUACUUGAAGAAGGUGAAGAUGCAACCAAGGAUCCUCGAAGCUUGGAAAAAAUGCUGGCUCAAGCGGAAGACGAAGAUGAUAUUCGUGCAGCAAAUAUGGCAAUGAAAGAAGUUGAAAUUGACAAUGAAGAUUUUACUGAAGAAAUAAAGAAUAAUGAUUCUGACGCUUCAGAAGAAAAUAGUGAGUAUAAUCAGUACGAGGGUACGCGUCAUAUUGAAGAAUAUAUGCUAAGUUUUAUUGCUGAAGGAUACUACUUCUAA